AGACAGAAAGGAGUCCGCCCUCUGGCGGGAGGCUGCGGGAGAUCUGAGAACUCUCGCGGGAAGAUGUGUCGUUACCAGGGUAACCGCAUCGCCAGCCUGCAGUUGGGAAAGAUGGCGGGGCGAAGUGUUGUUGGAGUGCCAAGACGUGGUGCUGGAGGCACCCAGUCGCGAGGGCAGCUUGCAGCUGGACAGGACCUCCUUGCCCGGGAGCAAGAGUACAAACGUUUAAAUGCAGAACUAGAGGCAAAAACUGCAGAUCUGGUUCGUCAAGCUGAGGAAGUCAUAAGAGAGCAGCAAGAAGGGCGAGCUAGGCCUUUUUCAACACUAAUUACAUCGUGCAAAGAGGAAGAUGGUUACAGUACGAGAGAUCUUUUGUCAUCGGAAGGGAUGGCUCCUGUAUGGUCAGAAACCAAGCCAAAGACCACAAACACUGGUCCUGUAAAUAAGGUUCAUAACAGACUCCACUCUGCAGAUAAAGGAAGGAAAGCAAAUUCAAGUGUUAGGCUGAAAUAUCCUGAUGUGCAGACUGCCAGUGACGUGGCCAUUCCAGAUGAUUUCUCCAACUUCUCCCUUGCCAAGACAAUCAGCAGAAUUGAAGGGCAGCUGGAAAAGGACGGCUUGCCGGAACACACGGAUGACGACAGUUUCUGUGGUGUUAGUAAGGACAUUGGGACAGAUGCUCAGAUCAGAUUUCUAAAGGCCAAGCUCCAUGUGAUGCAGGAGGAGCUAGACAGCGUUGUGUGUGAGUGCAACAAGAAGGAGGAUGAAAUUCAGGAUUUAAAGUCCAAGGUGAAAAAUUUUGAAGAAGACUGUGUGAGACAGCAGCGAACAGUUACUUCCCAGCAAUCCCAAAUAGAAAAAUAUAGGAGUCUUUUUGAAGAAGCAAACAGAAAGUGUGAUGGGUUACAGCAGCAGCUGUCAUCGAUAGAAAGGGAACUAGAAAAUAAAAAAAGGUUGCAAAAACAGGCCGCCACAAGUCAAAGUGCCAUAGAGGUCCGCCUGAACCGAGCUCUAGAAGAAGCAGAAAAGUAUAAAGCGGAGCUGAGUAAACUAAGGCAAAGCAACAAGGAUAUUGCAAAUGAAGACCAUCAAAAAAUCGAAGUGUUAAAAUCAGAAAACAAGAAACUAGAAAGACAAAAAGGAGAAUUAAUGAUAGGGUUUAAGAAGCAAUUGAAAUUAAUUGACAUUUUGAAAAGGCAAAAGAUGCAUAUUGAAGCUGCCAAGAUGCUGUCUUUCAGUGAGGAGGAGUUUAUGAAAGCUCUUGAGUGGGGCAGCUCAUGAGUAAGCGAUUUCAAGUUGAUGUUUAUUUGUGUUAAUUUGACAUCAAAUGGUAGUGUUUCUUUACUGUUAUAAGUAACGAGAAUAUUUGUGAAAAGAAAUGUUCAGAUAAUGACCCAGUGAAAUAAACAAUGUUGGUUUGUCGAAAUAGUGUCAGUAACUUUUAGCUAACAGGAAAAGUUUA